UCACAUAUAAACUGUUUUCAAACGAGUUGAUAGCUCUUUGAAAUAAAAUCCUGUAAAAUUUUAUCACAUCGAAUUUUUCAUAAAGCAGUAGGAAUAACGUUGAGCGAAACGUAAAUUCUUGAAUUUGAAUGGUCGUAACUUUUAUGGUGUUGUAAAGUUUAUAUUGUAAAUUUUUAUUAUAUUCGCGGUCAGUGUUGUUCGUUGAGGGCUUUACGAGAAAAUUUGAAAUGCUCAAAUUGUUUAUGCUAUUAGUCUCAAUGUUUAUUUCAUUGCCCAGUAACGGAGGUAGCGAAACAACAUUAACUACUGCAACAAUACGUGCCAGUACAUCUGCUAAGCCAACGGUGAUCUAUCGAAGGAUUUAUAAUGAGAGCAGUAACACGAUUCAUAGCAAAAAUAUAAUUCAUAACGCGAGAAGAAUUAAAAUUUUAGGUGGUCCGACUCUGUGGGAUUGGGAUAUUUGGUGUCAAUUACAGCCCAAAAAAGGAAAUUGUUCUGAGAACGUACUGAAAUAUUAUUAUAACGCGGAUUUAGAUCAGUGUUUAACGUUCGAAUACACUGGAUGUCAGGGUAAUUUAAAUAAAUUUCAUACGCAAGCAGAUUGCGAGGGGCGAUGUAAAGGAGCAUCUUUGAUGAUGAUCAGAGAAAGUGCUCCGAUCACAUAUUGUUCUCUGCAAGUAAAUGCUGGAUAUUGCUUGGGGCUGCUACGGAGAUAUUACUAUGAUGUUAACGAAGCAACAUGUAAAGAAUUCACGUACGGAGGCUGCGGCGGCAACCAAAAUAACUUUGAAACUAUGAGAAAGUGCUCGCGAGAGUGUCAGACUAACUUUGAGUGACUCGUUCCCGUAUAGGAUACUUCUAACAUAGUUUAUCUCCCCAUAAGUGUAAAUUAACAUUUUAAUAAAUAUUUUUCAAACAUAAAA